AUGGAAAGCGACGAUUCGGAUGUUGGUCAUGGAAGUUGUGCGCCGGAUUCGUCUUCUAGCAAUGAGGAACAUUCACAAGUGGACGAAGAAGAAGAUUUUUUGACAUCUCAACGCUCAACAACUGAAAAAAAUUACGAAAGUGAAGGCGAUGAAUUUAGCGAUUCUUCCAGUUCAGAUAAUUUUUAUAGGAAGCAUCCAUCAGCUAUAAAUGAUUCUUGGUUGAAUCGCUUGCAUGAAUUAAUGCCAACUUCUGCUAACGUUGUUGAUGAUAAUGAACGAGCUGAAGAAGCUUCUGAUGAUGAUUAUGAAAUCAUAAAAGAAAAUCGAUUUUCUGGUGGUAAAUUCAUACCACCUUCGAUGCGAGAUGAUGCUCCUUUAGCUGGAAUUUUGCAUGAUGAAAGGCUUGAUAAAAUUGAUCCAAGAUUAUUUUUCCCAGACUAUAAACCGAAUGAUAUUCUAAGAUUUUCACGACUUUUUGGCGCUAAUUUAAAGUCGACAUCUCGAGCAAAAAUUUGGUGGCCGGCCAAAACAUUCCGUCGAAAUAUUUCGGUAGAUCAUGAAAACAAUAAAGAUAAAGCUUCCGUUAAUGACACUGCACAAGAAGUUGAAUAUUCAGUUAGUGAAAAAAAGCGUGAGAUUGAAUUGGAUUUUGCACCGCCGCCACCACCAGAGGAAUUGCAAAUUGAUGACGAAGUACUUUUAAUGUGGCCUUCUAAUUCAUUACCUAUGGGAAAGUCCGGGUCGAACGAUAGUGAUGAUAUUAACGUACCUCCAUGGAGGUAUGGUCCAGGUCGAAUUUGGUAUGACCGUAUGGGCCUUCCUCCUGUUCCUUAUAAUUUCGAUUACGGUUUCAAACUGCGAAGAGAGAACCAAAUUAAGCGGAAAAAUUCGGUCAAAGAAGAGAAAAGCGAAGAGAAGCCUUUAGAAAAAAGCCAUAAUGGCUCGAUAAAUGUUAAACCUCCUCCACCAGAAGCAUUCCUUCCUGUGAAUUUAGUGCGUUGGGAAGAUGAUAUCAUUAUUGAUCCCGAACAAGCUCGUCAGCAACUUCUGAAACAGCUUUCUUCUGGCAAACCACUUGAAUAUGGUUGGAUUCCUACGCAACAGACUCGAAAUUAUGAAUCUUUCAUGACAGCAUAUAAAACUAAUGUUUUGGAGCAAAUGUUUAUGAGACCUGGUAGCAUGGUGCCACUGCGAAUGAUUGACACAGAUUUUCCAAAAGAACCAACUGCAAAUCAUUCUUUAUUUCCUAUGGAUAAUUUUGAUUUAUUGAACACAAGGUGGGAGGAUGAUAUUAUAUGGGAUUCUGAAAAUAUGGAUCAUAUUCCUGAACCAUUGGUAUUAACUCUGGAUUACCGAGAUGAUCCGAAAAUUUUUGGGAUGCCAGAAGAUAAAGCUCCGGAGGAAAAACCAGCGGAUGGUGAUACUCCAACACCGAAACCUUUCGAUAGAAAAGAGCAUCAAUUCACGAAAAAAUCAAAGAUGAUUCUUGGUCAGGUUCAACAGCGGCAAAAACAAGAAGAAGAUGAACAGAUGGAAAGUUCAGUAGCCCAAAUGACUGAUAAAGAUCCGUUUAAUUUAAGCAAUGACGAUUAUUAUAUGCCAAAAAACGUCGAAAAAUCUGUUAAUGCGCUUUCUGGUGGAUCGCUGAUUCAGCAUUCUAUUCCAGCACAAAAUAUACAUUGUACUCUUUUUCCAACACAUAUUAAUCCAGUCAAACUUCGUUAUUUCCAUCGUCUUCCCAUAACGAAGCGAGCAAUUCGUGGUGCGAUUGGUGAUUAUCUAUCUGUUAGAACUCUUACGAAAUUGAUCAAAGAGAAAGAAGAGUUACGUGAGAAACAAAAGGCUGCUGAAGGUGGUGGCGAAAUUUUCUUUAUGCGGGAAUUGCAAGAUCUCUCGGGGAAGGAUGGUACUUUAUUAUUAAUGGAAUAUUCAGAGGAACAUCCUCCUCUUCUGAAUCAAACAGGAAUGGCCAGUAAAAUUCGAAAUUACUUCAAAAGGAAAGUUGGAAAAGAAACUGAAAUAAACUACGAGUUUGGCGAGACGGCAUUUACUCAUACAUUGCCAUUUCUUGGUUCAUUAUCACCUGGGCAAUCCCUUCAAUCAAUCGAAAAUAAUCUUUAUCGAGCGCCUAUUUAUCUACACAAACCGAAUCAGAAUGAUUUUCUUCUCAUAAGAACAAAGCAAGGUUUUUUCAUUAGGAAAUGUCCUUUAUUAUAUUUGGUCGGCCAGGAAUGCCCACUUUAUGAGGUACCGAGUCCUAAUUCCAAAAGAGCCACAAUGUUUGUUCGAGAUUUUCUUCUCGCAUAUAUUUAUCGACUUUUCUGGGCUAGCGAUCAAAAUCCAAGAAGGUUAAAAAUGGAGGAUAUAAAAGCUUCAUUUCCUCAUUAUGCGGAAAGUUCAGUUCGAAAACGUCUUAAACAGUGUUCAGAUUUCAAAAGGCUAGGUCAAGGGCCAGAUCAAAAUUAUUGGGUACUAAGAAGUGAUUUUCGUCUUCCAAGUAAGGAAGAAGUUCUUGCUAUGGUCACUCCCGAAAUGUGUUGCGCUCAAUACAGUAUGCUAGCUGCUGAACAACGAUUGAAAGAUGCUGGCUAUGGAGAAAAAUAUUUUUUCACUCCAGAAAACGAAGAUGAUUCAGAUGAUCAAGUCACAAUUGAAGAUGAGAUUAAAUGUGCUCCUUGGAAUACAACAAGAGCGUAUAUUGCUGCUGUAAAAGGGAAAUGUCUUCUCGAUCAAACGGGUAUUGCUGAUCCUACUGGAUGUGGCGAGGGUUUCUCCUAUGUUAGGAUCAGUGCCAAACCACAAAAGGCAAAGGAAGAAGUACCUAAUGUUCCAAAACGACUAGUUACUGGGACAAAUGCAGAUUUGCGUAAAUUGCCCCUAAAAGAGGCCAAAGAAAUUUGUCGCGAUUAUGGAGUUCGAGAAGAAGAGAUAAACUCUUUAAGUAGAUGGGAAAUAAUUGAUGUCAUACGUACGUUGUCGACGCAAGCUGCUAAGGCAAGAUCUGAUUUUUCAGGAAGUAGCUGUGAAGAUUCAGAUAAUGAAGAAUUAGCUACAAAACUCGAAAGUAUGCUGGAUGCUAAUAAAGGAAAAAAGGGAAUUUCCGUCCUUGAUCGGAAAAAAUUAGAAUUCGAACAAGAAGAAAAAGAAAGAAAAGCUUUGCAAAAAAUGAUCCAUGGUGAGGCGAACAGUGGAGCCGCUGCUGCCAAAAACGAAGGUGAAAUUAAAAGCACAUCGGCAAAAGAAUCUGGUGUAGGAAAUGCCGAUGCAGCACAGAAUUCUAAUAGUAAUGCUAUUUCUCGUAAGCUAAAAAUCUAUCGGACGUAUAAAAAUCCCGAUGGAAGUGAAUCAACUCGAAUUGAAGUUAUUACAAGGCCGCAGUUGAUUGAAGCUUAUUUGCGCAUUCGUUCAACACGCGAUCCUACUUUCAUUCAAAUAUAUGCUCAGAUGGAUGAACAAUAUAAAGAGGAGCGAAGGAAAGAAAAGCGUCGCUUACAAGAUCAAUUGAGAAGAAUACGUCGUAAUGAAAUGAAAGCAAAAUUGCAUGGUGUGCCCAUAGGUCAUCCUAUCGCUAAAGCAAGAACCAUUGAGAAGAAACCCGUCGUUAUUAAACCAAAUUUGUUAAAGAUGCGCUGUAGCGCAUGCCAUGGAACUGGCCAUAUGAAGACUAAUAAGAACUGCCCAUUAUAUGGAAAAGAUUCUAAUAAAAGUUCUAUUAAAACUGUCGGCGAUAUUCAUCCGGUUGCUUUAACUGAUGAGCAGCUGGAAAAAAUGGCUGUUGUUCCAUCUGGUGAACUGAUUGCUGUGGAAGGAACAAAACUAAAGAUUUCAAGGAAAGUGUAUAAUAUUUCAGAGAUGGUUAAAAAAAAUGCAGUUAGGCUUCACAUACCUCGCGAAUUGAUAGACAAAAAACCAGAUGAUAGCAAGGAUUCUUUACCCACAGCAGGAGAGGCUAUAAAAUUAUCAAACGAUACUUCAUUUAAUGAAACCGCUUCAAACGACUCUUUUCAUACAUCAAGCGGAGAAAAAGCUCAUUCACUUGCUGGACCAUCCCGUCCAAGGAAACGUUCUAUAGCAGAUGUUGACGAUUAUCUGUUUGGGCCUCAAAAAUCCGUGAAACGUCGCCGUGCUGAUCCUAAAGUAACCAUGUCCAUUCAGCUUAACGAAAUAUUUCUUGAUAUGCGUGGAGUACCUGGUUCCGAAGAUUUACUUUUUCCUGUUAACGCGAAAAAAGUUCCCGACUAUUAUACUAUAAUUAAAAAUCCAAUGGAUCUGCAACAAAUCAAAAAGAAAAUCGAUGCUUGUAAAUAUGAACUAAGACGUGAAUUUUUAGCUGAUAUUAAACAAAUUCUCGACAAUUCUCGAAUUUAUAACGGUGAUAAUCAUGUAAUUACGGAAACGGCUAGAAAGGUAUUAGAAGUGGCAUCGAGACGUCUAGCAGAUAGAGAACAGAAAUUAUUUUCACUCGAGAAGGCCAUAAAUCCUUUACUGGAUGAUAAUGAUAUUAUAGGAUUCUCGUUUAUUUUAAAUGAAAUUGUUCAAGAAUGCAAAAUGUUGCCAAAGAGUGUUGCUUUUCAUUCGAAAGUCGAUGCAAAGAAGAUUCCUAUGUAUUAUCAAAAAAUUGAAAAUCCAAUGGAUCUUGGUACGAUGGAAAAAAAUAUCAAAAAUCAUAAGUAUACCACUAUAGAAGCAUUCAUGAAGGACAUCAUGCAGAUAAAAAUAAAUAGUGAACUUUAUAAUGGACCAGCGGAAACUUCACAGUAUACAGCAAAGGCCGUUGAAAUAUACCAAAAUGCUGAAAGGCUGGUGGAACUUCGAAAAGAUCAGCUUGUAGAAUUAGAAAGUAAUAUCCAAGCUACCCUAAAAGAUUGCGCUGAUGCAGAAUCUGUUGCGACAAGUAGUGCAAUUUUAGAUGAAAAUGAACCUAUGUCGCCCCGUGUGCCUUUGAAGAUUAUUAAGGAAGAGGAUAUAGAUGAGGAUGAAGCACAAACGAUGAAGAGCAGUGAUGCUUUCAAUGAUUUGAUGAUGAGCGAUGAUGAUAAUGAUAAUAAUGACAUGGGUAGUAAUUGGGAAAUGGGUGAUGGAUGCUAUGAUGCUGAGAACGAUUUACUACGAUCUCAAAUGCACACAAGUGGACAACUUGCUGCAGAUUUAGAAAUGAGUGAAAGUGAUGAAGAUGACGAUGAAGAAUUCAUUUCUGCUAAGAUGCCAAAAUUGGAUGAUUUAGAUACAUUGUGA